GUGAAAUGUGUUGAUGAUGGUUCCAGAGAAGCCGAUCAAUCUCAUAUCAGCCCUUCGCCGGCGGACGUAGAACAAUGCUGGAGAAUACCAGCCGACACAUUCUCACUCUGGGGCCACAGUCACCCAUUUGAGAUCCACUUCGGAGCAUACUUGCCUCGGAUCAUGCAGGAUGGGGGCAUGUUGCAUGUCAGGAAUCACUCUGAAGGCAGAGUGAGUUCAAGGCAAUGAAGGCGGGCCGAGCCGAAAGUCCGCACGUCGCGAAAAUGAAUGCAUGUCUUUUAUCCCUUCUUCUUGGGUUCCUCCUUGUUACGACGGACCCGGAAUGACAAAGCUACGCGUAGGUUGGCAUCGGGAGCACUUCCUGUCACCUCUUCUGCAAUUUGCAGAGAAGGAUGCAGGGUCCACAUUCGAGUUGGUAGAAUGUCCAGGUGGGACGGGCGAGAUGCAGGUCAAGUUGAAGAAUGGCGAGAUUGACAUCUGCGUCGCGUUGACGGAUGCGUUGAUCGCUGGGCUGGCUAACGGUCUGGACUCUUACAAGCUCGUGGGGAGAUACAUUGCGAGUCCGCUCAGAUGGGCAAUCAUCACUGGUAAAGAGAGCAAGUACAACUCGGUGGACGAUCUCAAAGGUACAACAUUUGGUAUCUCGAGGCAGGGGAGUGGAUCCCAGGUGAUGGCGUCUGUCCUAUCAAUGAAUCAAGGCUGGACAGCCGAUCAACAGCCAAAAUUCAAGAUCAAUGGGCAAUUCAAGCCAUUGAGGGAUUCAGUCAACUCCGGAGAGACGUCGUGCUUUCUCUGGGAAUGGUUCACCACAAAACCAUACGUCGAUAGUGGAGAGGUCCGAUUCAUCGGAUCAGUGUACAGUGAGCAGGAGGAUUGCCCCUUUCAGCCUGACGAUACUCAAGCACCCUGGCCAUGCUGGUCCAUUGCUGCGGCUGAGAACAGCUCAACAUCUUCCCUUUCAUCCUUUUUAUCCUCUCUUGAACCUUUCGUCACGCAUUUCAACUCGCCUAAAGCGAGAGAAAAGGACGACGUCGAUUUCGUGGUCGAUUAUUUCAAUCAUCAGCGUGAAGACGUCAUCGAAUGGUUGGCAAGCGUCAAGUGGGAGGAAGGUCUCGCGCAGGUCGAGGAGAAGGUCAUCAGGGAUACAUUGGAUACUCUGGAGAAAGCCGGUGUAGUUAAACGCCCAGAAGCAGGCUGGGACAUGUCGACGUUUGUCAAUGCUGACGUUUGCAAAGUGCAUUAGCCGGAUACUCGAUGACAACAAUGAUAAUGCUAUUAUACAGUGUCUCUGUGUGGGUGUGUGGGUGAAUACUGAUGGAAGUCCCGAAUCGCGCAUCAUCACGAUGACCUGAUCCACUGAGCCAGCUCUGGCAGAUCGUCACCUCCUAA